AUGUUCUCAAAACCUUUGCGAACAAAUGGACGAUCAUCAAAUAGUUUUCUUUAUUUUUUACACAGUCUCUUAUUAUUACAUAUAUGCACCGCAUUUUUAACUAUUGUCAGUGCUUUAAAUAAUCCGGAAAACGAAGCAUUUAUUCAAUUAUCUGUCGAUUCAAUUCAUGUUGUUAAGCCAUCUGAUCCUCGAUUUGCAAAUAUCGAAGAAAUUGCAAAUGAUGAUGAAGAAAAAGAUCUUCUUAUUGCAUUAUUAACAUCAUUUGAUGAUGAUCAUACAAAUAUAAAACAAAUUGAUAUUGAAAAAGCUUCUAAAACUACAUACAAUAAUGAAAUCUUACGAAAUAAUAAUUGUACACCAUCGUCAUCAUCAUCAUCAAGUGCAGGAACAACAACAGCAUCAUCAUCUUCAAUACGUUUUAUUCCACCUCUACUUGAUUUUGGUGAACAAUUUAUCGCUGUACCACGAGUACAAACUGUUACAAUAAUAAAUGAUGAUUCCGAACCACUUGAACUUCAAUCAUUAUCUGGAACAACAGUACAAUUUUAUUCAUCAUUUUUUACACAGAAAAUUCUUUCACCAUAUGGUGGUAAUACAUCCAUAAAUGUAUAUUAUUUACCACGAACACUUGGUGGUACCAAAAGUACAUUUACAAUAAAAACUAAUCGUCGCACUGUAUAUUAUUAUAUUAAUGGCAUUGGUGUAUUAAAUCCAUUUCGCUUACGUCCAUUAAUUGGUGCAACAAUACCAUUAAAUUCAACAUUUGAAUAUACUAUAAAGUUAUAUAAUCCACAUAAUUUUUCAAUAGAUAUAAAUGAAAUAUUUACAAGUGAUGAAAAUUUAAUUAUUGAAUUAUUAUCAUAUAAAAAUCAAAGAACUAAAAGAAUAAAAGUAUUCGAACAUAAAGAACACUGGCAUAUAGAACCUUAUCAAAGUAAAUCAAUUAUUAAAAUACAGUAUUUUGCUUAUAAAUUAGAUCGUUUACAUGGAUUUUAUUGUAUUAAAACAAAUUCUAAUGAUACAAUUAUUGUACCUGUUGAAAUCAAUGUUUUAAAUCAUUUAAAUCUUUAUUCAAAUGUUGAUCAAUUAGAAUUUAGUCCUGAUAUUUUCAUACGAUCAACAGCUAAACCAAUAACUAUACCAGUAUAUGUUAUCAAUAAUGGAAUAAUUCCGGUGACUAUUACUAAUGUUCGAGUUACAACAGCAAAUAUUAAUUAUGUAACAGUUCAUUAUGAAAAAGCUCCAAUUCCAAAUGGUAUUUAUCAUUUAACAAAAAUAGCAGACUUAACUCUUCAUCCACAUUUGAUACCUAAAGAUAUUACACGUAUUCGUGGUUCAGUUGAAAUAUAUGUAUUAUCAUCUUAUAAUGAAGAACCUAUAUUACGAAUUCCAUUUCGUGCAACAGUUUUACAUGGUUCACUUGAUUAUGAUAACGAAGCAAUUCAUUUUUACAUUCCAUCAUCUUCAAUUGAUUCAUCAAAUGAUAAAAAAAAUGAAUGUCGAUCAAUUAAAUUAAUGAAUCGAUUUAAUACAUCAAUGGUUAUGUACAAUAUAUCGAUGGAUAAAAUGGAUCAACUUUCACAAUAUAUAGAUAUAAAAUUUGCCUCACAAUAUAUAUAUGCUAAUCCAGGUCAAACGAUUUUUCCUUUUUGUAUAAGUAUUCUUAAACAAUUAUCAUCAACUUCAUCAUUAAUAACCUUGGAAGCAACAAUUACAAUGCAUACAAAUCUUUCAUUUUUUCACAUGCCUAUUUAUUUAUAUAGUGGAUUACUUAAUCUUGAUCUCCUAACUGACAGUGCAAAUGGUGGUAUUAGACAGAGUGAGCCAAAUACAUUAGAAUAUUACAUAGCAACUAUACCGGUGAAUGUGUCACGCACAGUAAAAUUCAUAUUAAAAAAUGCAAAUCCAAUUAAUAUAUCAAUAGACAAAAUAUCUUUAACGUUACCAAAAGCAAAUAUUCGUCUUCAUCAAACACAAUUAUUAAAUGGUACUGAAACAAAAACAACAUGGCAAAGUUCAUAUCAAAACGACGAUAUUACACAACUUGUUAUUCCUGCACGUCAUCAAGCAAUAUUUUCCUUAACAAUUCAUGGAACAAAUGAACCAUCAUUUUAUAGUGAAAUAAUUACUUUUAAAACACGUUAUCAAACUCUUAAUAUGAAUGUUAAAUAUCGUAUUACAAGUGGAUCGCUUGAACUUGAAAAUCAACUUCCACUACAUAUUGAUGUAUUUCCGAAUCAAGUUGGAAUGUCAGAGGUUUUUUUAAAUAAUAAAUUUGAUGAACCAACAGAAAUAAUACGAUUAGAAUUUCCGACAUAUGGUAAAAGUUUUUCAUUUAUUUGGCAUAAUACAUCACCUGGUAAAAUAAUUCUUAAAGCAAAUCAAACUUAUCAAAUUGGUAAACUUUGUUUUGAUAUGAAACCAUUAUGUAAUAGUAAUCGAAUACCAUCAGAAUCAACAUGUUAUUGUGGUUUAAAUCAUCAUCCAGAAUUUAAACAACAAUGGAAUCAACAUAUAUCAACAUUAAAUAAUAAUGAACUUGAUCAUAUACUUGUAACAAAAUUUCGAAAUCUUUGGCAAGAUUGGACUUCACUUGUUCGAAAACAACGAAUUCAAACAAAUGUUUGGCUAGUGACAGAUCAAGCUAAUGCAUCAUGGCCGGUAACAAUUGGUUUUGUUUGGCCAUCUGUACUUGAACAUAUGUCAUCAAAAUUUUCACGUACACCAAUUAUUCUUGAUUUUCAUCUUACUCUUAUAAAUACAACAAAAACACAAAAUAUUAUUAUAACAAAUCCUUCUUCAAGUAUUAUUCAAUAUUCGAUUGAACUUGUGGGCAAUUAUCAAAAUACAGCAAAUAAAAAGAAAAAAAAAUCAAUUAAUAACAAUCAAAUAUUUGAUAUUACAACAACAUCCAAAGCAGUAGAAUUAGUUAAUGGUAUAUACAAAUUUAAUCUUCUAUCUAAUGAACAUAUUGUAUUUACUGCAUCGUAUCGACCAAAAUUAUCAACAAAACACGAAAUAUAUCUUGUUGUUCGAAAUAAUUUGACUAUAAUUGAAUCAAUACUUUUACGUGGUGAAGGUGGUAGGGGUAGUUUAACAGUUGGUAAUCGUAAAGCUGGUUCAUCCGAUAUUCCACUUGUCUUAGAAAUGAAUGAAAAACAAUAUAAACUUUGUUCCGAUUACAUUUCUACAGAUGGUGCACGUGGAAAUCCAGUAUUACAAAAAAUAGUCACACUUCGUAAUACAGGAAAUAUGAGAGUAAUCAUUUAUGAUAUAUUAUUCGGCCAUUCAAAAUGUUCAGGACAAGGUUUUUCUGUUAAUGUAUGUUCAAAUAUUGAAAUAGAACCAAAUGAACGAUUUGAUCUACGGAUUCGUUUUCAACCAGAUUAUACAUUAGCUGAAAUAGCUGAAUCUUUAACAUUAUCUACAAAUAUUGGUCCUAUGACAUUUCAAAUAAUUGUUCGAAUUCCACAACGUGUUUUAGCUACAUGUUAUCAAACAAUACCACGUCCUGAAUGGGAAUUACAUAUGCAUUACAUUUGUAUAUGUUUUAUCUUCAUUAUUCUUCUGUUUAUUUUAAUAUUCGGUAUUUUUGAUGCUCGAAGAUUAUUUCUUAAUUAUAUAGCUCGAGCAGAACUACGUCAUCGUUUAUCAACAACAGAUCCAAAACUAGUUGAAUUUACUGAUAUUGCAGCUGCUGUACAGGAUCAACUAAAAAUUUUUGAACAAAUCGAACCACGUACAACAACAACAACAACAAAUAGUACAAUAAAUGCUAAGAAAGAAACAUCAAAAGAUGAAAGUAAAACAAAAGAAAAUGAUACGAAAACAAAACGUUCUAGUGUAUCAAUCAAUGGAAGUAAAGACAAUGGAGAAACAUUACCAAAGAUAUCACGAAAUUCCGAUGGAACUAAUAUACCUGUUCGAUCAGUAGCAACUAAUUCAAAAGCUAUUCCACAAAAAACAAAACGAACAGCCAUCGAUAAUUGUCCAGCAAAACCUACUAAAAACCAACAUGAAACAUCAACUAAAUCGCAACAAUUGCGAACACAAAAACUAACUACUACAGAACAAUCUACAGUAGUAUUAUCACGUUCACCAACUCCUCCUCCAACUACUUCAUUAAAUUCUGUAAAAGAUGAAGAAAGUGAACCAUUUGUGGUUGCUCGAUCGAAACGUGUUUCAGGUAAAACAAAAGAAUCCACUACGAGUAUUGUCCCUGUUAAAUCAACACCGAUUACUGAUGGCGUUGUUCCUAUUCAACCAACACCUUCAAUCCCACAUGUACCUCCAUCACCACCACCAGCUCUAUUGUCAUCACCAGUGAUUGAAAAACCAUCUACACGUUCUGAUCUUUCUGAACAACGACAAAAUCAACAAGAUUUACCACGAUCAACUGAUUCAAAUAAUGAUCAACAAUGGCAUAGAGUUAGUUCUAGUCGAGGACUACGCAAAGGAACUACUGCGCCUACUAAUCGACGAGAAACAACUGAUGAAUCUCAAAAAACAAAUAAAACAGUAUCAAAUAAUACCGAAAAUCCAAUGGUACCACCAUUAUUAUCAUCAUCAAAUCGUGCACAUGCUUCUGUUUCUAAUCAUCAAGUGACACAGUCACGUCGUCGUCGGGGACGACGUUUAAUUCGUACUACAUCGCCCACACAUGUUUCUAGUUUAACAAAAAGACAGAGUUUACAGACUAAUACACCGAUAAGUAUUCGUAAUCGAGAACUGGCAUUUCGUCAGUUAACUGAACAGUUAUGGGCAGCUGGAUUACCGUCAUCAACGACGGGAUGUUCAUUGUCUGUACGUUCACGUUGUUCAUCCGCACCACCAUCUGAACGUGGUGGUGAUGAUGAAAUGACAAAAAUUAGUUGGAACAAUGGUUAUAAUGAUGAAGAAAAUAUCAUCGAUUGGGAUGAACCAGAAAAACCUGAUGAGGGUAAUAGUAGCUGGAAAAAAAAACAUUCAUGUAUACUUAUAUAUAAUCUACUAUAUUUCACAUAUGCACGCAUGGAAAUUGCUUAUAUAUGA